CUGCAUUCUCUGGUUUCCUCACACGCGAGUGGUUGUGAAUGUGAACAAUCUGUACUACAUACAGACAUACUACAUAAAAACAGAUUUAGUGAGCACAGAGUAACUGAAUGAUAGUAUAGUUUAGUAUAGCUAACUCUCCAGCUACCGGGCUCUCAGGCUUCCACACUCACAGUCUACUGCACUCUCAGGCUGCUAUACGCUCAGGCUACUCCGCUAACAGGCUGCUAUACGCUCAGGCUACUACACUCUUAGGCUACUAUGCUCUCGGUCAACUUUGUUCUCAAUCUACUGCAGCUGUACUAGAACUGAAACGCACCGGGACAAUGACGUGCUCCAGCAAUCUAAGGAAGGCCAACACAAAUACAGGAAGGCAGAGGAAAAGGAACGUCAUAAAUGGAGAAUCUUGCUCCCAGAAGGAAGAGAAACCACCAGUUCAUUUCCAGAAGGAAAAGAAGAAAAAGAAGAAAAGAAUGUCUAUUAGUAAGAUCUUCAUCAACAUCUCCAUCGGCCUCUGCAUUUUCGGCCUCAUCUGGUUCUUCUAUGCCCUGUACAUGCGCUCGGCCUUGGCCAGGAGAGCAGUGACACUUCAUCCUUCACCUCGGGUCUUAGAUGCCAACAGCACCACUGCUGCUGUGUCUCCUGAGAGGUUCUGGGGCUCGUAUCGGCCGCAGGUGUAUUUCGGCAUGAAAACAAGAAGUCCAAGAUCUGUUGUCACGGGCUUGAUGUGGAUGAGUCAAUUCUCAGACAAUGUGAACCUGAGGCACACAUGUGAGCAGGGGGAUGGAUUGAGUUCCUACGGCUGGCUGAUCCACGACGGGGUCAACUUUGGCAUGCAGCAGAUCCGGGAUACUGAUUUCACACUGAAGACGAUGUUCGUGAAACGGAUGGGAGGGAAACACGGUGGGGACUGGACCUGGAGAAUCACAGGCAGGCAGCAUAGUGCUGCCCCUGAUGCUCCAGUCAUCUCGCUGAUGUUCUACGUGGCUACAGAUACUCAGGGUUCCCUGCAAGCUCACAUAGAGAAUAGGACACGUCUUAGCCAUGUUACAGGCACUUCAGAGGAACUGGGAGACUUCAAAAUCACUUUCUGCAAACCUACCAGUGGAGAGGCUGCUACCAAUAAAUAUGCCAGCUAUAAUUACUUGCAGACGCUGAGCCCUGGUCUGGACCAAUUAACAGACAUAGUGAAGUACAGCCUGAGUAACAGAUUUGUUUUUAAUCCGUCUACUGCCGAGAGGAGGCUUUACUUUGCUGUGGAUACCUACACACCUCCUCCGCACCUGCAAAAAGAUAACCGCAUCCAGAGUGACUUUGUAGUGCACCAGGUUACUGUCCAAGUCCCCUUCCAGAUUGAGGUUUUGUUUGAGUCCGGAAGUGUCCAUGACCGACCCAACCAGCUGAUGGGCCCGGUGCUGACCGAGGAGCUUACGAGGCUGAAGUUGUCUUACAAUGAGAAAUUCGAGGAGACAUUCGGACUUCAGGCUAAAGGGUUUAAUCCAGCCCAGGUGAGGUUUGGCAAAGCUGCUUUAAGCAACAUGCUUGGUGGCAUGGGUUACUUUUUCGGACAGUCAGUGGUGCAGUCAACAGAUAGCGAGCACCCCAUGCUUUACCCUGAGGGCGCCUUGUUCACCGCAGUGCCCUCCCGCUCCUUCUUCCCAAGGGGUUUCCUGUGGGACGAAGGCUUCCACCAGCUCCUCAUCAGUAAAUGGGACCCCCAGUUGACUCGUGAGGCUGUUGCUCACUGGUUGGACUUAAUCAAUGUGGAGGGCUGGAUCCCACGUGAACAGAUCCUGGGCGAUGAGGCUCUCAGCAAGGUCCCUUCAGAGUUUGUGGUGCAGCACACUGAAAAUGCAAACCCACCUACAUUCUUUCUAGUCCUGGAGGAGUUUUUGGAGCAGCUCGAGGCACAUCCGGAUGCGCCACAAUUUCGGGAUACUCUACCUUUCCUCCGAAGGCUGUAUCCCAGACUGCAGACGUGGUUUGAGUGGUAUAACACCACUCAAGCUGGACCCUUGCCCAACUCCUACCGUUGGCGUGGCAGGGACAAGGACACCAACCUCUUCCUCAAUCCUAAAACCUUGACUUCCGGGCUGGACGACUACCCCCGUGCAUCACACCCUUCUGAAGAUGAAAGACAUGUGGAUCUGCACUGUUGGAUGGUGCUUGCAUCACGGAUCAUGACAGGCAUGGCGCGACUGCUUGGGGAACCCCAUCAGGAAUACGAGCGCACCUACCUGACCCUCAGCAACAACAGCCUUCUGAAUAAGUUGCACUGGUCCAAGCAGCUUUAUGCCUUCUGCGACUACGGUAACCACACUCACGCUGUGUCAUUGCAGCAAGAAGAGGUUGACGUGCCACCUGGAGAGAUGAGGCACCAGUUACCAGUAAAACGCCUGGUGCGGUCAGUGCGCAAAGCCCCUAAGCUUCAGUAUGUGAAUGCAUUUGGCUAUGUUAGCCUGUUUCCAUUCUUGCUUCAUGUCCUGACACCUGACUCUAAAAAAUUAGAGCACACUUUGAAAGACAUUCGGGAUCCUGUUCACUUGUGGACACCCUAUGGCUUGCGCUCACUUUCCCGUUUAGAUCCACUUUAUAUGAAGCACAAUACAGAGCAUGAUCCCCCUUACUGGCGUGGUGCUAUAUGGAUCAACAUCAACUACCUGGCACUAAGGGCACUGCAUCAUUACAGCAGUAUAGAGGGACCAUACCAGGAGAAGGCUGCUGAUCUCUAUCAAGAGCUCAGGACUAAUGUCAUCAAUAACAUUUACAAACAGUACCAUGAAACUGGAUAUAUCUGGGAACAGUACAGUGACAGCACUGGUCAGGGACAGGGUAGCCACCCUUUCACAGGCUGGUCAGCUCUGACUGUACUCAUCAUGGCUGAAGAGUACUGACACCCCUGCAGGUUUCUUAUUCUUAUAAUCAAAGGGUGCUAUUAUUUAUCUCAGAGAAUGUUCUGUGCUAACGAUCAAUUGCUUGUUACAAAACAAUGAGAGUAUAUGUAGUAGAAUAAAAUCUCUGCUUGACUGAAAAAUAGGGGAUUUUUUUAUAAUAAUAUAUAGAAGUUUUAUAAAUCAAACUUUCUAUAAAAUGGAAUAUCAGAAAAAUGUUUCCUUUUUUAAACUUGCUCAUAAAUCUGUGCUCAGGUGUGGGAUGUAAGAGAAGAUAAUGUAAUCGAACCACAGUGAUUUUGUUCUGGGAUUCUGGUGUGUUCAAAAGAAUAAAUCAGUACCUACCUGCAA